AUGGCGGCCACCUAUAGUUCUCCUCAAGUAGUGCCUCCUCCAAGGCUAGAGCAUUAUGUUAUCACCGAGAAAUUAGGCCAGGGAACAUACGCAACUGUAUAUAAGGCAUUCAAAAAGGUAACAGUUUAGAAGCGUCCAAAUUUAUUUUAACAUUGUUAUAAAGAAGUAUCUCUUCAUUUUCAGUGACUCGGAAUGUCACAAUCUUUCAUCCGCCCUGUCAGCUCAAGUUACAUGAAGCUGCUUCACAAUAGUUAAACAUCAACUACUCAAAAUACAGCUACUCAAAAUAUUUCACCAUGAAUAUUUGAAAAUAAUUCGCGAUGAUUCGUUCUUCCCUUAAAUUUUGAUAUGAAUCGGUCAUACAAAACGCAAGUGAAAGUGAACAUCGAGGAAAUGGUAGUUACUGUUCUUAUGAAGAACUAAUCUGAGAAUGAGUCCUUUUCUAUCUUAAAUUUGAACACAGUUUUUAAAACGAGGAAUCAGUCUCUUAUUUUAAGAGUGAAGAUAAAUGAAGCACAUACCAAAAAGUUGAAAAUUAUAAUAUAAGUGUAUAAUUUAACUUACAACAUUUCUCUUCUACAACUCUUGGAUGAUUUGAAUCCCUCUUGAAUUUUUUUUUUUAAGAGUGAAUUGUAGUAAUUCAAGCCAAAAAUUAGAAUUCAUGCCCUCUUCCAAUUUUUUUAUCUGCUGCAUUAAAGAAGUCACAAAGAAUGCUGGCAAGAAAGAGAUAUCUUUUACCACGAGUGUGCCUUUAAAAAAUGAAGCCAGUUGAAGUUAGUUCUGAACAUUGUUUCUGUUUUGAAUGAAAUGUUACAUAAAAAGAUUGUAUGAUAUUUAAGCAUUUUCAAAGGCAAGCAAAAAAUCAAGGAGACAGUUUUGCCUUGAGGCAUUUAGUUAACCCUUUCACUUCCAAGAUCUCCUUGGUAGCAUUCCUUACUGUCUGCUAUACAAAUCAUAUGAUGUUAUUUUGGAGAAUUUGGGAUAGGAUCAAUUAAUGAUCCCAUAAUUGAUAUAUUUCUUUAUUCUUGUCUCUUGUUUGCUUGAUUUUGUAAUAAUAUUGUAGGGAGAAAUUUAGUCCUGGUCUGACUCACACAAGUAAAAGGGCAUUAAAUUGUUCACUCUUACUCUUCACUUUCUAUAGGGUAACACCAGAGAUGUGGUUGCAAUCAAAUGCAUUCAAAAAAGUUCCCUAAGCAAGACUUCAACAGAAAAUUUACUCACUGAGAUUGAAUUACUCAAGAAACUUGAUCAUGAGCAUAUUGUCAAAUUGAAAGACUUUGUGGUAAGCAUAGUCUCUUUUAGUGGUUAAAUGUAGUUGUUAAACAUUUGCAGUGAUGAACUACAGUAGAAGUCCUCCAACUCGAACGUGGACAACAGGAAUCCCCCCCCCCCUAACUUGAACAAGAUCUGAUUUCCCUUAAAUUUGACCCCACUUUUCCAUUCAUUUACCAUCAGCUAACCAGACCUUGGUCAACCCAAACUCCCAUUUAACUUGAACUAAUUUUAUUUUCCCUUGGUUCAAAUUUACUUUUCAAUAGUGAGGAUAAGGUUGCAUGGAUCUCACCCAUUUUUUCAUUCAAUUACAACAAGCAUUUGUUUGUACAAACGAGAUAAGCUCCAGUUCUUGACAUUUCAUAUCUGUGUGUUCUUUUUCUUUUAUCAGUGGAAUGAUCAAUACAUUUUCCUCAUAAUGGAGUAUUGCAGUGGUGGUGACUUAUCCAGGUUUAUUCACAGCAGAAGAGGUCUACCUGAGCCUAUUGCUAAGAAAUUUUUACAACAGUUAGGUAUAUGAGGAAAAUAUAAUUCUGUAUAAGAUUUAAAAUUGAAUCAUCUGAGUUUUGCUAUCAAGAAAUACAUAUUAAUUUUAAUCAUAGUACUGUCGCUUUGAAUGUAAAUUACAGAUCACUUUCUUAAACUGUGUGAGAAUGAUUUAUGAAAAAUUCUCUGAAGAAAAAAGUUAACUCAAUAAUUGAAUGAAAAAACAACCAUUGAACUUGGCCGUUUUCCAGAUAUAUCAUGAUGUACUGUAGAAGUGUCCUGCUGAUGAGUUAUUUGCCCCAGCCUGUGGCCUCUACAGAUGAUUGAUCUAGAUACCUCUGAGAUAUCAUGAUAUAUUACCGUAACAUUCCUCAAUAAUAAUCAAAUAUUUACCCUCCUGGUACAUAUAACUUGGACUUGAAAAGAAGUAGUUCUGUAGUAUUUAUAGAAAGAAAACAAAAUUUCUGUCAGUAAUCCGGUGCAGAACACUACACUCACCCUUCCCCUAUUAAGGCUCAAAUUUCUUUGUAAUUAAUAAUUAAUUAAUUGCAAUUGUAAUUUUAGUCUAUUAUGACAUUUUUUUUUUUCCUUUAGCUCUUGCACUUCAAUUUCUGAAUGUGAACAACAUAGCUCACAUGGAUCUUAAGCCUCAGAAUUUACUGUUAUCAGACCCACAAAAUCCUGUUCUAAAAUUGGCAGGUAACGUUUGUUGGUGACUUGUUGUUUUUGCUUAAAAUUUUAACUCCAUUUUUGCUCUCAAUUGAUGUAUUCCUUUAAAAUAGACCCCAACUUCAAUUUUUGUCUUGAAUAUCACAUAUUGGUUAUUCCUGUCAAGAUCAAUUUUGAUUUGAAAAUUUAGUUUGUUUUUCAUGCAGGUUCUUUGCUUGUUGUAAGUUAUAACCCAGGGCAGGCCAUGUUAGAUGAACUUACUUAUUCUGUUUUGUUCACCAUCCUACAUACUUACUUUUUACACAGAUUUUGGUUUUGCACAGUAUUUACAUAGUGGAGAGGAGACAAAGACACUGAGAGGAUCUCCUCUGUACAUGGUACUGUAUUUUGGCCGAUGAGGCUUGUUAAGAAAUAUUCUUUGGUGUAUUACAACUGAAAUUCUUAUCAUAACAUUUUUAUUUGAUAUUGUAGCAAAGAUUAGUCAUCCAAGUAGAGCUAGCCUAACAAAAAAAUUAAUGGCCUUGGUUUUUGUAAAUAGAUAAAUGGAGAAAUAAAUACAAUGUGGAAAGUAUGGAACUCGUUAUGAAACUUAAAUUUAACCCUUUAACUCCCAAGAUCUCAUUAAUAAAUUCUCCUUAUCUUCUGCCACAUAGUUCUUGUGAUGUUUGUUUUGAGAAUUUGGUAUUGGAUGAACUAAGAAUCCCUUAAUUAAUUUUUUUUUCUCAUCACUUGUCUGCUAAAUAUUGUAUUGAUAUUGUAAAGAGAACUUCUGUCUUGGUCACUCAUGGGAGUUAAAGGGUUGAAGGAAUGUUCAAGGAUUUUAGAAUUUAAGGUUUGUUGACAUUACAUGAUUGUACAUUUUGUUAAAAUCAAUUGGCUAGCACUACCAAACCAGAAACAAUGUGUGAGUUCCACAAGGAUCUGUUUUAGGGCCACUUUUAUUUUGUAUUAGGUUGAAUUCAUAGCUAAUAUGAUUAAUAUUAAUACGUACUUUUUUUUUUUGCCAGGCGCCAGAGAUGAUCUGUUCAUUAAAAUAUGAUGCCAGGGUAGAUUUGUGGUCUGUGGGUGUUAUCCUCUAUGGUGAGUCACUGUUGGACAGACUGCUCCUUCUCAGUUUUGUUAUUGUUUGUUUGUUGUUUUGGUUGCUUUCAUCUCCUGUAAGCCAAUUACACCAAUAAUUUAAAAAUUAGUCUGACUGUUUAACAAGUAACAUUUUGUUAAUUAAUAGUCAUGUGGGUUCUUUCAGAGAUUGUGUUUAUAUUGAUUCAUACACUGGACAUUUUUUGGUUUAUUUGAGCAACUAGCAAGUAAAUAGCAUUUAUAAUAGCUAAUUUCCAUUUUAUCUGGAAUUAUUUUUCAAUCAAUACCUGGUACUUUCAGGGGACAACAUUUUCUUAAAUGGAACUGAAUAAUCACAUUCCUAAUGGCAGUAUUCAGCAUACUAACUGUAUCUAUUAAGUAAAAUGUCUGACUGACAGAAAGCAAUUUUGGAAUAAGGUAGUGACACUAUUAUAGGUAAAAAAAUAAUAUGUAACAACAUAAAAGCUAAGUUUUUCAUUUGUCUGACGAUGCAUCGUAACAACAUAUUAAAAAGUGAAUGCAUGACAUGUAGACCAACAUUAAAAAUUGGGUAUUUUAUAUUUAUUUUAAAUAAUGAAUGUCUCUUUUUUUUCACUCUUUUUAAGAGGCACUGUUUGGUGUGGCACCCUUUGCCUCUGGGUCUUUUGCAGAACUUGAAACGAAGAUUCGAUCUUCAGCUCCUAUAGAGGUAAGGAUAACACCAGUAGUGAUCACAAAACUGCUAUAAAGACUUCAUUGUUACACAAUUUCAUAUAUCUUUUAUUCUCAUUGUUUCUUCUGCACUUUACAUUCUUCCUGGGUUAUCAAAAAGUUCCCACUGUGUUUAGCCAGCCUCAAGAUAAAAUACCACCGUAACCCUAGUACUUUAUAGAUCCCCACAAUUCAGCCAAAAGCUUCCAUUCCAGGUACUGGUCAACACUGACUGGAUCAGUAGAAGGAAGAGGUUAUCAUAAAUGUUGAAAAUCAACUGCAGAGAAUCCCCGUGGUGCCUCUAUAAAACACUUGCUACGAAAGUGGUUUUGAGCUGAAAGAUUGAACUGUAACAUCAUUGCAAUGUUUCAUGUGAACAUGAACUUAAUUAGGUUGAUGAUUGCCCGAGAGAAUCUCCUGAGCUUGUGGCAAUUAACUUAGUUUGUUAAAUGGACAUAGUUAACAAAAGUUUUACCUCAAUUGAAACUUGGUGAUUACAGGAUGUAAAGCAUGAACAGUUUCUACUUAAGGCAAAUGUCUAAAAUUAACUUGAUUUUACCCCAGCUUUCUCCUAAAUCACUACUUUAUCCAGAGAAAUAUAUAUUAAAAAGCUGUUUUUCUAAUUUUAUGUAACUGUGCACAGUUGUGCCAUUUCCUGACAAGGUAAAGGUCACGUCUAAUUGUUUGGUUUAAGCUGUUGCCAUUUAUUUGAAGUGAGAUCAUCAGUGGCAAACUUUUUUUUUAAUAUCUUUUAAUGCCAAGUUGGAUUUUCAUUGUUGCUAGAAAGUUUACAUCAUCAAUCAUUUAAUUGGUUUAUACUUUUAAGCUCCCUGUUGGGACCAAAGUGUCACAAGAUUGUCAGGAUCUCAUGUUGGCCUUGCUACAGAGAGAUCCCAUGGACAGAAUCUCCUUUGAGGAUUUCUUUGCACAUCCUUUUCUUGAUUUAGAACAUGUCCCAUCACCAUCCUGCUUAGGGAGGGCUGUAAGUGUUAUAAUACUCAUCAAUUUCUUUUAAUCCUUCAAAUCCCAAGAUCUGAUUGUUAAUUCUUUCCUCAAGCUGCUAAACAUUUCUUUUAAAUUAGUCACCUGAAUUUGGAGUUAAAUCAAGAAAACAAAUACUAUCUCUUUGAGUGAUAAUUUUGAGUAUUCUCAUGACAUCAAUGCUGGAUUGUGUAUGGAUAUUAUUGGGAGAAGUUACAUGUUAAUCUGUUCUGGGAAAGAAAGGGAGCUAUUGUGACCUCAUGGUCAGUGUAAUGGAUUCCUGAUUGAAAGGAUCAGGAUUGAGCAUGGCUGGGCUGGUCAUUGUGUUUUGUUCUUAUGUAAGAAACUCUUUUGUCAUACCACAAGUUUCAACCAGGAGCAAUAAUGGUUACCAACAAACUGUCCUAGAAACCUACAAAAUGCAAAAGGAGUUACAACCCUGGGAUGCACCAACAACUCCGUCAUGGGGGGAGUGGCAUUACUCUCAAUUGCUUCAUGCCACAUAGAGCUGGAAAUGCUUCAGUAAUAUGGCCCUUCAAGCCCAUAACCUGACUUGGAAUUCUUUAAAAAAGUCUCAAUUAGUGAAACCAAAAGUUUGGCUAAUACCAGUGGAUAGUACAAUGACACCUCCAUGCUCCAUGAAAGUACCUCUCAGGACCAAAAAAAAUAUUAAUUUUAUUUUCAUCGGCAGGAUUACUCUAUAUUUUGAAUCUUCCAUUUAAGCUAAAUAUACAUGCAACUACCUAUUUGAUCUUACAAUGUAUGUCUAUAUGCUCUUUGCAGGUUAAACUUGUGACUGAGGCCAUUAAAAUGGAUGAUGCUGGUGAUUUAAAAGGAGCUGCAAAACUCUACUGUGAAGCUAUGGCUUUUUUUUUACCAGCCAUUGAGUGUAUGUCUAUCAGUUGCUAUCCACUUGUUUUGCUUCCCUGCACUCUGCGAUUGUUUUUGAAUACUCAGGAUCCCCCUUUUCCCAAUCGGAUGGCAAACUAUGGCUAAGAGUUUCGUAUUCUUAGGGCAAUAACUUAAUUAGCUCCAGGCCUCCAUGCUGUGCCUGGCUAGCAGUUAACUGACAUUUGGUUGUCAUAUGAUCACUUCAUUUUGUGGAUGUGGUUGUUCUAGUCAUUUCUAACCCUCCCUCUCACACUGAGCACUUUCCUUGAGCACUCAGAGGCUGCUAGUUAAAGAUACCCAAACCGAUUCAUUGUCUUGUUUGUUUGUUGUGUUGUGUAAGAGCGGUGUAGUAGGAGUUAGUUAUGGUAAAUUUUGUCACCAACACUUUCCUGCACUGAAGGUCAGUUUUAUACAUUUGUAUAUAAUUUUUUCAUUUGGCAGUUACCAUUUGUUCCUUGUGAUGUUCAAUUUUGUUGUGGCUGGCUGUUGUGAUUGCUCAAUUAUUGGUUUGGCUUUUCAUUGACACUCAAUCAAAAGUGGUUUGGGGUUCAUGUAGCUGUUGUAACAAAAAAUUGAUAAUUCCACUCUCCUUUUAGAUGAAAAGGACCCAGAGAUGAAAACAAGAUUGCGAGAGAGGGUAAGUCCUUCUUUGUUGUAAUAUCAAUUCUAAGCAGUAGCUUCUGGCAAUUGCUUUUGAAUCUCCUUCCACGGUACUGAUCAUUUUACAAGUUUGAUUGAAGCACAAAAUCAUGUGUCAAAAUGAUAAGUCUCCCUGGUUUGAUUAAAUUUGCAUUUUUUUCCUUGCUUGAUUUGUAAAGCAGUGAUCGGUCAGUUCAUUUUGGUCAGGAAGUCCUGUUCUAAAAUUUAUCCUUAUAAAACAAAUAAAAUGAAAUCAAGAAGCCUUGACAACCAGAGUAUAAGUCUGGCUUACGACAGGCUCUCAGUCAGUAAAGAUGAGCGAGUGAUAGAGCGAAAAAUAAAUUGUGAGCAAGCAGGCGUGGCGGUUGUGAUAUUCAGAGAGAAGGCUGUGAAAUGUUUCUUUAAGCCAUCUCAUAUUCCACCAUAUUUAGUGUUCGUCUGCAUUGACUGAGAGCCUGGAACAAGUAAGAAUAAAUCUUGAUUGAUACCCAAGCUCUAUACGGUGGUGAUACACUUAUUACUUUCAAUUCUCCACUCUUACUUCUUAAUUCAUAUGUUUAGUAUUGAGAAUCUAGUGUUUUAUCACUAGCUGAUACCUGCAUGAAGUCGAUGAGUGUGUCUAUUCUCCCCACCUGUUCGCAAGACAAUGUGUUUGUAUUGUUAGGAGAAAUUUCAUUUAAAUCACUUUUGGGAAUGAAAUGAUUAAAUGUAGUUGCACUUAUGAAAAUUUUACACGGAAACGUUGAACUUUUUGUAAGAUUGCAAUAUUUCAUGAAAAUUAAAAUCAUAAAAUUAAUUUUAAGGUGAAUCAGUACAUGAACCGAGCAGAAGAACUGAAACAGUGUUUUAAGACAAAAGCACAUAGUAGCCCUGAUGAGCUACUAGCGCGUUACAGCAGUGAACACCCUGAGUUGAAAGAAGCCCUUCACCUUGCAAAUAUCGCGGAAAUAAGAGUAAGUUACUACUUUUUAAGGCGGUGAAUCCUUUAUUUUAUGUGAUGAAUGAGAGAAGUAACGAAGAAAGGAAAUCAGAGCGCCAAGUUUUUCAGAGAGCUGAUCAGGGUUCAACUGUAUCUGGCCGAUCAUAAACUCUGAUUAGUUUGGAGCAAUGUUCAAUUGAUCGUCGCAGGUAAUCUGGGAUUACAAUGUGCUUUGUAAUUGUUCUAGAAAAUUCGCGCUUCUCUCUCAACCAAUCAGAUACAAAACUAAAACCAAUCAUGACUUGGUCGCCCCGUGUUUUCCCGCGCUCCAGGCAGUUAUUUUCUUCUCUUCUGAUUGGCGGUUGUGAUUCGACACUCGAUCGAAAAGCAUUCUCUUUGUAUUAAAGUUGAAUUACAAACCACUGAAUAGCAAAAGUACAUUAAAGCAAAUUUCGGUUGGGUGCCUUAGAACCGCUACUAAAAGGAAUUAUUAAGGCCUUCCGGCAAACUGCCUGAAGCGCGAAAAAACGUAAAUGAGCGAGUCUUGGUAUUUAUGAGGGUAGCGAAAGUUUGCUACUGUGAUCAAACGGAAUAUUUGAGAGACGGAAAUGUCAAGAACGAAGGAUAGAACUGAAAGAUAAAUGUAUUUGAUUAAUACUUAAACAGAGGAUAGCGUUGAAAGUGCGCUCAGAUUGGUUAAUCAAACUCUGAAUAUCCUUUUUCAUUAAAUUUUCAACCCCUAAAUAUCACAAUUCUAGUGUUAUGAUUGGUUCACUCAACUCCGGUUAUCAGCUCAUAUUCCAAGUCACACUAUAUGAAAAUGCAUUACGCCAACUGUUGCAGAGCCGAAAAAAGCUUCAAAUAGCCAAAAAUUCAGGAUUUGAUGAGAUUUAAUUAAAAAAUUAUUCCGUUCGCACUUAUUGAAUACGAGAUUGGUUAUAGCUAACUCGGCGCUACGCGACUCUUUGAUUAUUCACCAUCUCAUAUCCAAUGAGCAAAGCGUGCGGGAUUUGCGCCUGAAAUUGUUGUAAUCGUUGCAGGAGUAAAUAAUUGUCAUUGACCUGAGUACAAUUUGGUCUGAACUCAAACGCUUGAUUUCAAAAUUGAACGAGCGCGCAGCGCGAGUUUGAUUUGUAAUCACAAGUAUGAUUUCAGAUGAAAAUUGCACUACAAGAAGUUCGAUUACCACUUUAUAAUAUCUUCUCUGGAAUCGCAAAAUGGGGAACGGAGAAGGGGUCAGUCGUCGCUGACAGAGUAUAAAAGGGGUACUACAGAAAAUUGACUGUAGACGAAGGGGGAUCAUAGAAUACUACAGAGCCUUAGAGGGGGAUGAAUUUAUUCUUAUCGUGAAACAACCAAAAUCCUCCGACCCCCCGUUAACCCAAACACCCCCCCCCCUGCGAUGGAAAAUGAGCGGUCCCUUAUACUAAGCCCUGUUGUUUCAGGAUGAGCAUGGAGCUUAUGACAGUGCACUGGAACAGUAUCAGCUGGCAUUGGAGGCACUUUUACCUAUAUUAUCAGGUUGGAGCCGAUUAACAGCAUUACUACGUGUUCUCGAUUAACCCUUUACACCCUAACAUCAGUAUGCUUAUUCUCCAUACUGCUCUCCAUACAUUUCAUUAAAUACUGACGAGGAGAAUUCGUUUUAAAAUCAGGAACUUUUGUUGGUGAUCAUUUCCUUUAUUCUCGUGACCUUAAUGUGUGAUUCAGGGAUGAUAUUGUCAGGGGAAGUUAGAUGCCGGUCACUCUUUGAAUAUAAAAGGAUUGUACUACACUAUCCUGAAUUAAAUGUCGUUAAUGAUAAAUUUCAUGUCGGUGUUGAACAACCGAAAGCGAUUAGACGAAUUGAAUGUACAGAAACAUCUCAAAUGGCUUCUCUUUAAAAGGAUCCAUAAACAAGCUGUUUUUAUUGAUUUUAUUUUCAAUCUGAGUCUUAAAAAAAUGUUCAUCACUUAAGCGAGCAUCGAAUUGAUGUGUGCAAGUAAAUGAAGACUUGGUCGUUUUUCGUCUCUGUCAUAUUCUAGGUACACCUCGUGGAUCGUACAAGGAAGCAGUGCAUUUAGAGGCAAGUUAUGUCGUAACUAAAAGCUCAACUAGAUAUCUUUCCUUGAACGCUAUCGAUUGAGUGCCCUACAACUAAAACCAAAAUAGCCACAACGGCCAAUCGUAAUCGAAGAAGAUACCACAAGGCGAAGGAGCCUAUGAUAAAUUAAGAUAGAAGCAGCAAUCUGCUUACGCGCGGGGAAUCGGAAUAUUAUCUUCGCGGUUUAUUUCAGUUUUGAAUUUGUGUGGUCUAGAGAGACGCGCGAGUUUUCCAAACCAAUAACGGAGAGAAGUAAAGCAAAACUAAUGCGACCCGCGACACUGUCGGCACACAGCUGAAAACUUCUCCCCCUCAAACCUUUUUUUGUCUUUCUGAAUGCUCCUGUAGGUGGAAAAGUAUAUGAAACGAGCUGAAGAAAUCAAGCUUUACCUUAAGGUGAGCUACUACGAUUGACGCCUCAGCAAUGGUCAUUGUGUUGUGUUAUAGGGGUCUUUUCCAUGUAGGAGUAUGUUUCGGAGCAAAGUACUUUACUAUCAUAGAGCCCCUCUUCAUCCAGGAGUAUCCAUGGUUACCUGGAGCUAACUGCUCCUCACCUGGCCAAGGGUUUUUUCAAAUAGGAUUUCUUUUUAAAGCAUUUUGCUUUUGUAGAGCUCAGUGUCGGAGGAGUAUCUUUUGCCCGAACCGAAUCUGCGUUGAAGAGGGGCUCAUUUCGCCGGGUUUCAUGUCCAUCCAUUUCAUAAUUCUUGGGCUGAAAAUAACUUUCGUUCCACUUGGGCCUCUAUUUCAUUGGGACAGUGAAGAUUCUUUUUUUUAGAUUUUGUAUUAUCAUGAAGACGAAAGAAUGUCACACGGGGUCUCUUUUCCGUAGGAUGGAGGAGGUGGAGUGGGAGGGGUUUUUAUAUCGACUGCAACUUUAGGUCCCGUUCUGAUUGUCCCUUACUCGUGCUCAGUCUUAAGAGGAAGAUAUUUGUCCAGAGGUAUAUGUAUGGUGAAGUAACAGAAUUAACUAAUAUAACUUUUUUUUUACCUCUCAGCUGAGUAAAGAAAAAAUCAGCGUUGUCGGAGAAGAACAGCCAAGUGAG